AUGCAGGCUGCAGAUAAACGCCAAAUGGAGAGUAUAAAGACUCUUUACAAUGCAUUGUACAAAUUGAAACAGAAAGUACAAGAUUUAGCCGUCAAAGCAGAUUCACAAGGACAUAAUUGUGAUUGGCCUCGCUAUUUGAGCACACUGGCCUUGUGCGCAUCGGAAUUGAGCGAAAUUCGCAAGGUUCUCGAAUCCGAUCGCUUUGUCAGCGAGCAUACGUUGGUCUUAACACCAACAUUGCUGAAUCCAGAACCUGAUCCAACAUUGGCCAAGGCAACCGAAGAACGACUAUCACUUUUCAAUCACGAUACCGUUCCACAGUAUUUGCGUACGAAGCUAGAUCCGAAGUUGGAAACCCAAUGCCAAGCGCAGUUGAACCGAGCGUCUAGUAUGCCCUCGGAGCAGUUGACCAAAUUGGUGAAUCUGGCCAAUCGAGCAAUCGAUUCUAGCCUGAAGGAAGUUAAUUUGUUAAAACAAGAGUUGGAAGCUGAUUUCUCGGAUCGACAAAAUAAAAGUACCAGCAGUGCAGAUGAUUUGAACGCAAUGGUUGCUGCAAUUACCCUCGGAAAAGGUUUAACAUCCUUCAAACAAUGA